AUGCAUGUUACCAACGUCACAAUCGGAACCGGGGACGAUUGCAUCGCAAUCCUCGACGGAACUUCCAAUUUGGUUAUCUCUGAUGUCCGGUGCGGACCAGGGCACGGGAUAAGUGUUGGGAGCCUUGGAAAACAUAGUGGAGAGAAGAACGUUGAGGGCUUAACCGUAAAAAACUCGGUUUUCAACGGUUCAACCAUCGGUUUACGGAUCAAGACAUGGGCUAAGUCGAAUUCGACGAUCAACGUUUCAAACUUCUUGUAUGAUAAUAUCCAGAUGAUCAAUGUCGGGAACCCUAUCGUCAUCGAUCAGCAGUAUUGUCCAGAUGGGCUUUGCGAUAGUCCUGGAAUAUAUGCUUCUCAUAUUCAGAUCAAAGACGUCACCUACCACAAAAUUUGGGGAACUUCGACGAAGAGAGAGGCUUUGAAGAUGCAAUGUAGUAAAUUGGUUCCUUGUCAAGGCAUUGUGCUCUCAGAUAUCAACCUAAGCUACACUGGAAGAGACGGUUUAGUCACGGCUUUGUGUGAGAACGUUGGUGGUUCCGUUGUUGGCAAGAAUGUGCCUGAUAAUUGCCGGAUGUUAUGA